UUCCUGGACCCCAUGGAUCUCAGCCUCCUGCGUCCGCCAUCCCACAGACCCUGCUCUGUACAGGACCCCUCAGACUCCGCCCCUCGGUCUCCAUCGCCCCAGGCCCCGCCCCUCUUUGUCCCCGAGCCUAUAGAUUCCGUCCCUCUCCUUUCCCGGGCCCCUCCCCCUCCUCUGAGAGUCCUCGGGGCGCUCCCUGGCUCCCUAGUUGUACUCUCCGCCGAGCAGACCCCCGCGAGUGGGUGGGAAGGAGGGCUGGGGCCCUGGUCGUAGGUGUGAGGUGCGUUUGGAGGCGAGAUCACAGGAGGGAGGCGGUUGAGUGCUGGCACCCCCAGUGGGAACCAGAGCUGCUGGACAGAGUCUAGGAGGCCGUACAAAGCUGACCAGGUCGUGCACUGGGCAGGACUGCGGCAGAGAAGGGCAGCAUCAACUUCCACUUGGGGUAGCCCAGGGUGCAGACCCACCCGCAAGGAGUAGAAAUGGACAGCAGACAGUUGUGUUCCCUGGGGAGGACCGGGCAGUCGCAGCACCCUGAGGAGUGCAGGCAGCCCUCUCACCCACGCAGCCCAGUGGCGGCCUGGGGCCAGCCUAGAGCCCAGAGCAGCGCUCAGCAAGGACUGCAGACGCAGGACUGGGUGUGCGAGCCCCAGGAGCCCCAGAGCCCUGGCCGGCACUGGAGCCUCAGCAUCGAGGAGCGCCGGCUGCUGGCACUGCGGGGCGCGCAGGAGCCUCAGGACUGGAGCUGCCAGGACCUCGUACAGGUAGUGGCUAAACUGGUGUCCGAGGAUGUGGACAAGGACGUGCUCCUGCCCCAACCGCGGAAUUCCUGCGAGCCCAACAACGCCUUUCGCGACUUCCUGGCGCGGAGCGCACCCUGCUGGCAGAACGCAACUUCUUGGGCCCUGGCCCCGAGGUCACCCCGCUGCUAAGAUCCUGCUCAGCCCA